AUGAAGAGGUUGGUUCCUACGGGUCCAAAUCCUGGUCAACCACCGUCAUCAAUUUCAACAAAUGAUUUUGAUAUGAGAUAUGGAACAAUGAAGAGGUUGGUUCCUACGGGUCCAAAUCCCGGUCAACCACCAUCAUCAAUUGGAGCGAUGAAGAGGUUGGUUCCUACGGGUCCAAAUCCUGGUCAACCACCAUCAUCAAUUUCAACAGAUGAUUUUGAUAUGAGAUAUGAAGUGAUGAAGAGGUUGGUUCCUAUGGGUCCAAAUCCUGGUCAACCACCAUCAUCAAUUGGAGCGAUGAAGAGGUUGGUUCCUACGGGUCCAAAUCCUGGUCAACCACCGUCAUCAAUUUCAACAGAUGAUUUUGAUAUGAGAUAUGAAGUGAUGAAGAGGUUGGUUCCUACGGGUCCAAAUCCUGGUCAACCACCAUCAUCAAUUGGAGCGAUGAAGAGGUUGGUUCCUACGGGUCCAAAUCCUGGUCAACCACCGUCAUCAAUUUCAACAAAUGAUUUUGAUAUGAGAUAUGGAGUGAUGAAGAGGUUGGUUCCUUCGGGUCCAAAUCCUGGUCAACCACCAUCAUCAAUUGGAGCGAUGAAGAGGUUGGUUCCUACGGGUCCAAAUCCUGGUCAACCACCGUCAUCAAUUUCAACAGAUGAUUUUGAUAUGAGAUAUGGAGUGAUGAAGAGGUUGGUUCCUACGGGUCCAAAUCCUGGUCAACCACCAUCAUCAAUUGGAGCGAUGAAGAGGUUGGUUCCUACGGGUCCAAAUCCUGGUCAACCACCGUCAUCAAUUUCAACAAAUGAUUUUGAUAUGAGAUAUGGAGUGAUGAAGAGGUUGGUUCCUACGGGUCCAAAUCCUGGUCAACCACCAUCAUCAAUUGGAGCGAUGAAGAGGUUGGUUCCUACGGGUCCAAAUCCUGGUCAACCACCGUCAUCAAUUUCAACAGAUGAUUUUGAUAUGAGAUAUGGAGUGAUGAAGAGGUUGGUUUCUACGGGUCCAAAUCUUGGUCAACCACCAUCAUCAAUUGGAGCGAUGAAGAGGUUGGUUCCUACGGGUCCAAAUCCUGGUCAACCACCAUCAUCAAUUGGAGCGAUGAAGAGGUUGGUUCCUACGGGUCCAAAUCCUGGUCAACCACCAUCAUCAAUUGGAGCGAUGAAGAGGAUGAAAAUAUCUAUCUCUUGGUUUUCAAGAAUGAAGUCUGAAUAUCAACUUCAUUUGUUUGCAUUCUCUCUCCUAUUUGUACUUAUUUCAUCAAUUUCAACAGAUGAUUUUGAUAUGAGAUAUGGAGUGAUGAAGAGGUUGGUUCCUGAGGGUCCAAAUCCUGGCAACAAUUCCCCACCACCAUCAUCAAUUUCAACAGAUGAUUUUGAUAUGAGAUAUGGAGCGAUGAAGAGGUUAGUUCCUACGGGUCCAAAUCCUGGUCAACCACCAUCAUCAAUUGGAGCGAUGAAGAGGUUGGUUCCUACGGGUCCAAAUCCUGGUUAA